AUGAGUGUUCGUUGGCUAGCACUUCAAAGUUGUUCAUUUAGAGGCAAUGAUGAAUCUCCAUAUUCACUGAAUCGUGGGAAUUUUCUUGAAAUGGUAGAUGCAUUUGGAAAAAUGAAUACAAAAAUAGGAGAAGUUGUGUUGGAAAUUGGGGAUGCAAAGUUUAGUAUUCUUGUUGAUGAAGCUCGAGAUGCAUCUUCACAAGAACAAAUGGCUAUUAUCUUGAGUGUUAGUGACACUACAUCUUUGAAUCUUAAGAAUCAAGUUUUUGAUGUUCUUGUUUGUUUCAACCUUCAAGUGCAAAAUAUGAGAGGUCAAGGGUAUGAUGGUGCUAAUAACAUGCAUGGUUCUUGGAAUGGACAACAAGCAUUAUUUCUUAGAGAUUGUCCAUAUGCAUAUUAUGUCCAUUGUUUUACCCAUCGUUUGCAACUCAUGUUGGUUUCAGCAGCUAGGGAUGUCGUAGAUACUAAUUCGUUCUUUUCAGAUUUGGACAAUGUUAUUAAUAUGAUUACAUCAUCUCCUAAACGCUUCAAUGAGUUGAAAAGUUCCAAAAAAAAAAAAAAAGAAAUUGAACAUUUGUUGGAAAUUGGAGAAGGAGAGACUGGAAGUGGGGCUAAUCAAAUUGGUAACUUGCAACGAGCUAGAGGUACUCGUUGGUCUUCUCAUUACAACUCUGCAAAGAGUUUAAUUGAUAUGUAUGCUGCAACUUGCAAGGUGCUUGAGUAUCUUAGUGAUCAUUCUCCAAAUGUAAGAACUCGAUGUGCUUUGUCAAGCCCUUCAGAAAAAACUCAAGACAUCUUAACUGCUAUGAGAUUUGUCCAUACUACAAAAACCAUCAUUCAAGAAUUGAGAGAAAAUCACUGGGAAAAAAUUCUUGAAGAGGUGAAUUGUUUUUGCUCAAAAAAUGAUAUACAUAUACUUGACUUACAUGGUUCAUAUAUGGUUGGUCGUUCUCGUGGUCGUGAGUAUCCUACCAUCGAACAUCAUUACCACUUCGAUAUUUUUAAUGCAGCCAUAGAUUUUCUAGUGACGGAGUUAGAUGCAAGAUUUAAUGAGACAUCAUUAGAACUCCUUUCUCUCGGCUUGGCAUUUGAUCCGAAAAAUUCUUUUGAAUCAUUUAACAUGGAUAAUAUUUGCAAGCUUACAGAGAAAUUUUAUCCUCAAGAUUUUACACAGCAAGAUAUUUAUAGUUUGAAAGUUGAGUUGCAACAUUAA